UUAAAAUUUGUGCAUGCAUAAUUUUUUUGCAAGUGCAAGGUGGGCGUUUACGUUAAUAUACAACGAUUACUGUCGGUACAUCAAUGCAUAUAUUUUGCAAUGCAUUUUCUGCCACGGUUAAAAGAUCACAUGAGAAUUAUAUUGAUAUGUGUUGACUAAAUUAGAAUCGUCUUGCCCGUUUGUAUUUAUGAGUUGACACUGCAUUGUCGGAAAAGACCGUGACCCUUCUGAUGUAUAUAUAUAUAUUAUAUGCCUCACAGCAAUACACGUAUAAACAUUACAUAUUGUUUAUGAUCCACAAUCACAGUUGAGUAAUGCAUACAUACAUGUAUAUUAAUCACAAUCGACAAAAUUUGUGUGUUGAGUGGAUGACUAUUUAGUGGUUGGAAUUCCAUGAUCACAGAUUUUAAAAAAAUCCAUUUUCAUUGAAAGACUUGAUUUGCAGGUUCGUUAUGAAUUUGAAUAACUGAGAUAUAUAUGUCAGUUUUUUUAUCAAUGAAUUAAAACCAGUGAUUUUCGUUUUAAAGUUCUCCAUUCCUAAGCUUCAAAGUAUUUUUUUUUUAUCAUACUAAAUGUUAUUUAUCCCUAAAACUUUAUGAAUGAAAUAAACUAAAAAGAAUUUUUUUAUGGUUAUGAAGUUUUUGCAAUUAGUGCUUCAAUCAACAUAUUAGAAUAAUGUACACAAGUUGAGAUCAAAUUAGUAAAAAAAAAGGUUGUUCUUGUGCAUCAGUGGCUCGAACCCCUUUGCCUCUAGAUAGUAGGUCUCUGUGGAUCCACUAAGCCAAACAGUUUGUAGAAUGGCUUUGCGUAAUAUUAACACUUCAGGACUUAUUGAAUUUAUCUAUAUAAAAUGCAGAUUUAUGGUACGAGUAAAAAAAAUCCAGAUAAUUUAGAGUUAUCGAACAUUGCUGAGGAUCGAAGAAACUUAAGCACACCAUGUGACGAGGAAUGGGGAGGAAGGGAGUCACAUAAUUGUACGAGUGCUUGCAUCAUAAUUAUUAAAUUACAACAUGACAGCAUUGCUGAUUGCCUUGCUGUUACAAGUAUCCCAUUUUGUCACUUAACAUUACAUACAUGGCACAUGUGCAUCCUUCCAAGUUCCUGUUCAGUGUUCAUACAUUGUACUACAGUAUACAUAUAUACUUCAAAAUAGUAUAAUGUUACAGCAAAGGAGGACGGAACAAUAUUUUAAGUACUUUAGAUCAAAGCAAUAGCAAAAUGAGUAAUGUAUCAAAUGUAGUCAAUACUUCAAAGAUUAACCCUCUGUAGGUCAAAAUUUUUGUGUAAAAAAAAACCCCAACAAACUGGGACUUGCAUCUUUGCUAUUUAUAUGGAAAACUGUUAAUUAUCUCGAGAUAUUAAUCAUGUUGAUUGGAUGGGCUCCAGACAAGUCCUGCCAUCUGUUGCUGUGUUGAAACAUUAUCAGAUAGUCAUUUCCUAUCAGGGCCUUAACCUGUAUAAUUACUCAUCAUGUCCCUCCCCUAAUGAGCAUUCGCUUAUGUAAGAGAAUUUAAUGAAUAAUCAGUUUGCAUUGAUUGCUCAGACAAUCUCAAUUUGACAAUAUAUUCUCAGCAGUUUCCCCUGGUGAGAGGCGUGACACACAGAAGUUAGGUGGUUAUUUCCAGGGUGUUCUCCGCCCCAGUCUCAUGUCAAGGUGAAAUUUUCAGCUCCCUGGUGGUUUAUCCUUAGUCACACCUGGGUGAACCAUUGUUUAUCUACCUGAAUGUUUAUUGCCAGGCAAUUACUGCAUAUCAUACUUGAUGUCAUUUGUUUACCUGUAGGAUUAACACUGUGUGAUAAUCUGUAGACCAUAAAAUUAUUUCCUGGGAAUUUUCCGGGCACUAUACAUGGUAUCUACCCCAUGAAGUAAUUAAGCCAAUUAUCACACCCCUACAAAAGAUUCACACCUGUAAAAAGGGUGCAUUGAAUGGUGAAAAAAAAUCAGUGUGAAGUUAACAAGACUCAGUUCUCACAGGUUAAAGAGGUUUACUGCUGAGUAAACACUCACUUCUACCCACUUGUAGGAAAAACCAACCCAUUCUGAGAAUGGUGGUGUGGCUAGUUCCUGUACAGGCACUUAUUGCCAAGAGAAAGUUAGAAUUAGAACCAACUCAUAUUAAUGAAGGUUUCAAAACUCCAGCCAAAGCCUGCAAAAGAAGACGGACAGUAUCUGGCACAAGCCCUAAAGUGCCAAAGCUAGGUUCUCCCUCCGAAAAGACUAGAUAUGAUACUUCCCUGGGUCUUUUAACGAAAAAGUUUGUUGGUCUUCUGCAGAGUGCAACAGAUGGGGUUUUAGACUUGAAUAAAGCUGCAGAGUACUUAGAGGUCCAGAAAAGAAGAAUUUAUGACAUUACUAAUGUGUUAGAGGGAAUCAAUCUAAUAGCCAAAAAAUCAAAGAACAACAUACAGUGGAAGGGCUGCACAAAUUCCAUUGCUGCUAAUCCAGAUUGUCCGAAAUUAUCUACAGAAAUUUUAGGUUUAAGCACAGAACUUGGUGAUUUGGAAGCUAAGGAGAAUCGCCUAGAUCAAUUGAUAGCAACAUGUACCAAACAGUUGAAGCAGAUGACAGAGGACCCAUCAAAUGCAAAAUUAGCUCAUGUCACCUACCAGGACAUCCGCAGCAUCAGCUCACUUGACGAACAAACUGUGAUAGCAAUAAAGGCCCCUCCAGAGACCCGGCUGGAGGUUCCUGAUCCAGAAACUAACAUCCAGAUCUGGCUGAAGAGCACCAAGGGUCCCAUAGAGGUGUACCUGUGUCCAGAGGACACAGAGGGGAACGGAGACACCAGCUCCUCCAGUCUGGGAAGUCUCAACAGUGAGGAGAGUAGGGAGAGUCUGUAUGUAUCAGACGACUCCCUCUCCUGUGACAGUUUUAGAUCUGGAAAGAAAGUCAAGCAAGAACCAGAUGUACACAUCAAGACAGAGCCAGAUUCACAGUCCAGUAAUUCCUCCAGCGGCAGAGGUCAGUCGACCGUGAAGAAUGCCCUGCUGGAGGACCAGGACAUUUCUCCAGAUAUUGAUGGAAACAUCUUGCCUCAGACAGAGGACCAGGAGCUGGACUCCCCCUUCAUUCACCUAGAUGCCCCCCUCAGCAUGGACGACUAUAUCUUCAACCUGGACGAUGGCGAGGGCAUAUCUGACUUAUUUGAUGCCUAUGACUUCCCUGUCGUGUGAAAAUUUAAACAUUAUUGGAGGUGAAUGGGGACAGAGGGUGAUGAAUUAUGGAAGUUUAUAACACAAUUUAGUGCCUUUGCUAUACAUGUUUAGCUUGAGUACAUGUGUAUUCUGUUGAAGAAGUCUUAAGCUUAUUUUUACAUUGAAUGCACAGAACAAACAGCUUUAGUAAAUUCUAAUUGAGUGAUGAUUUUGAAUAUUGGAGAUUAUAUUAUAUUUUAAUCUUCAAUAUCAGAAAAUUAACCUAAUUAUUAAAAUAAUUAUGAACAAGUUAAAAGAUCGAAGGCAUGUAUACUAAAUCAGAAAUGUCAGGAGAAAAAAAUACCUUUAAUAUAGAAGUUUGAAAGAGGUAUAUAUUUUUGUGAUUUAUUUAUUUAUAAAACUGACUAAUGGAAAACUUAUUUAUUACAUGAAUGGAAGAAGUUGGAGGUUUUUUUUAUGUGGCUGAUUGUGUCAGAGUAAAAGUACUUUUUAAUCAUUCAAAUCGUAUGUGUGCAAUGCAGAGAACUGCUUAUACUAAUGAGCACAUACUAGUCUUUCAUUUCCAUCACAGUUGCAACAAAAAUCUAGGGACCACUAUUUUUUAUUGUAAAGCAUUUUGUUAAUGUUAUUCAUUUCAUCAUAUCAGAAUCAAAUGAUUUAAAUCGUGAUUUGAAUAUAGAUAUUCACCGAUAAUCAUGUUUACCACUUGUUUUCAAAUUCAACAUCUUUUUAAAUUUACCAUCUUUAACCCAGGACUGUGUAUAAUUAAAUCAUAUAUAGUCUCGUGAUCAAUCAAAUAUGCAUAAAAUGUGUUCAGAAAAAAAUAUUUUUUAUAAUAUAUAUCUUGGAUGGUAAUAAUAGUGUGUUGAGAAUGUUACUGUUCAGGAAAACCAUCCAUGUGUUCAGAAAUCAUUUACAACAAAGUGUUCAGAAAUCAUUUACAACAAAGUGUUUAAAAAAUCACCACUACAGUGUGUUCAGGAAUUGCCGCUUUGAUGUGUUCAUAUUAUUGCCACACUUGUGUUCACUAAUGUAAGGAUUGCAUUAUGUUUGAAAUUUUUUGUGUGAGUAGAUGUAGACGAGUGUUUGUUGUUUUUUUUUCUGCCCCAUGUGUGACAUACUUGGAUACAUUAGUGUUUGAAAUUUUUUAUGUAUAAAGUCAAAGUUGUGUGGUGUAAGUAACCAAUGAGAAGAAAAAAUGGAGACAUAUAUUUGAGUAUUACCGAUUGCUAUUGAUCAGAAGUCUAUGUUUACACCACUGAGGACUAUAGUGCUAAUACAAUAGAUGUGUAUGUACAUAAUAUGUCAGUCUGAUGGCCAACUAGAGUUUAUUUACUGUGUGGAUGUUGCAUUGGUAUGUUCUAAGUAUUGUAUUCCCUGCAUUUAUGGCUUUAAAUAUUGGACUUUAUAUAUAUUUUUAAUAUAUGAGUGUAUUUAAUAAGUUAUUGUCUGUGUAACUCCAAAGUACUUUUUGUUGUGUGUGACAAAAGAUUACCUCUUGUUUAUCUGUUUGCUUUGCAAAUGUUACAAUUAAUGAUUUUGAUUUUCUUUUAUAGGUGUACUUUAGUUUGAGCAUGAUUUUUUCUAGUUUUAUUUAAAACAUUUUUUUUUAGUAAAUUAGAUUUGUAUUACUGAAAAAAGACCCCAAAAUGCAAGGAAGUACAAGAAAAAUAAUAAAACUAUUUUUAGGAUUUAUAUAAAGAUAGAUUUCGAGGACAAAACAAAGCCCCUUUUAAUAUCGGCAGCAAUUAAGUUAAAUGGCUCUUUAGUUAUAGCGCCUAAUAAAUGCAUUAAUUCUGUUUGAAAAUAGUGGUUUAGUACUAGUCAUGUAGGCGAUUUGAUUCACGUGCAAUUGAAAAAAUUAAAUGAAUAUAUAUAAUUGUUAUAGCAGAUAAAUUUUAUAAAUUUAUUGAAAAGAUAUUUACUUUCUUGUAGCAGUAUUUGUAUCACCAGUGUUGUUGUUUUUUUUCUUUCUUCUUUUAUAAUUUCAUCAGGUAGUUAUUUUAACAAUAUGCAGUGUGUGAAAGAAUUGAAAAACCAGAACAUGUGCUUAAAAGUUUAUAUUGCAUGCCUUACGAAAUCUUACAAGACAAAAUUUAACGAAUGUAAGUUACGAAUGGAGUAGAGAUUUUUAUUUCGCUAUGCAAGGACAAUAUGGCGUCAGGUUGACCCUCAUUAAGUGUGGCAACCUUUGAUGAGACUGCAAGAAGACACAAUUUUCUUUAUUUACGUACCAAUGUGCAGGGACCAGCAUGCCUUAUUUUGGACUUGUUUCUAUUGUUGAUCCAUUACUGUUGAAGUUACUUGUUGACAUUUAUCAUGUUAGUACCAUUUUCUUCUUUUCCUCUGCAGUGGAAUACUUGUUUAUUGGACAGACUCUAUCCCUUGUGUAAUUGUGUUCGAAAUAAUCAUUUGUAAAUGGCAUGUGAACUGAUAAACAAGAUAAUGCAGUUUUAUUUCAUUAUUUAAAUUUUUCGUGAUAGUAAUUUUAGAAUAUUUUUGCAUGAUAGUAAACUUAGAUUAAACAUGUUUUAGGUAAUUUAUUUGUAGUAAAAUUAAGUUAUAGUUUAAAAACCUAAAAUUGGUUACUCAAUACAAGUGUUUAGUUUUUGGUUUUUUUCAUUAAUUUUAAUGUGAGAAUAAAGAACUUUUCUUUUGAACUAUUUAAAACAUAAAGUACAUGUAGAUUUACACAUAUUAUCAUCAGAGGACCAAUCAUAAUUUUUUAAAUAUUAAUAUAAGACAUUGUAAAAUCUAUUUUUUGAAAUGUUGUACUGCCAUUGUUACAGUUGGAAGUUCUAAUCAUGUUUCAUUCACCUGAAUUGACUGUCACAACUGCAGAUGCACUGAGGGUAUUGCAUUGGCUGUGUGUCAGUAUGUGUGUUGGUCUACAGGACGAGUUCUUACUAUAUACCUGUACAAACAGAGUUGUUGUGAUGUGAAGUACAUUGAUAAAUAAAGUAAUGAUAAUAUGA